AUGGCCCCAAAGGACUCAAAGAAAGGUGCUGCCACCAAGGGCAAGGGAAAUAAGCAAGCCAGCGCUGCUUCUAAGGCUGCCUUGAAGGGUGUCCACUCCCACAAGGUCCGCAAGGUCCGUCUCUCGACCACCUUCCACCAACCUAAGACCCUCCAACUCUCGCGCGCUCCCAAAUACCCACGCAAGUCGGUUCCCCAUGAGCCACGCCUCGAUGAGCACAAGGUCAUCAUCCACCCUCUCAACACUGAGAGCGCCAUGAAGAAGAUCGAGGAGAACAACACUCUCGUCUUCAUCGUCGACAUCCGUGCCAACAAGCGUCAAAUCAAGGAGGCUUUGAAGAAGCUCUAUGAUAUCGACACCAUCAAGAUCAACACCCUUGUUCGCCCUGAUGGAUCCAAGAAGGCUUUCGCCCGUCUGACCGCUGAUGUUGAUGCCCUCGACAUCGCCGCCACCAAGCUCGCCAUUGUCUAA